AUGCGCCACCAGGUCGAGGUGGCGGAGGACAUUAUUGACAAGAUUAGGCUUGAUUACCACGUACGCGAUGUCGAGUUGGUGCGUGACUUCGCUCUACGGCCCCACCUUGCCGCCAUCCAGCCGCCACGGCUGCCGGAGGUGGCGUUCUUGCUCCCGGUGACGGCGCAGCCGGCGCUCACCACCGCCGAGGUGAUUGAGCGGGUUGAGGGCGCCAAAACCCGCAACGCCACCGGUAGCGACCGCCGCGACGCCCACCAGGACGCGUUGGCCGCCGCGGUGUACCCGAUCCUCUUUGCGGCGUGCGAGAACGACUACAGUCUCAUGCUGGGGGCCACCGUCGCCUACAUGCGCCACGUCAUCACCCGCGGCGCCGGGGUGUGCAUUCGGGACAUGUUGGGCGACAAGCUCGAUAACAUCUCCCCAUAUAUUCUCCAGGGCACCGUCGUGGACGAUUUGGUGCCGCUACAACGCCUGUUCCGGCGGUUCUUGGACGCCGCCAUCGGCAUGGGCCGCCAGCGCCAGACUCUGGGCGCCAAUGUCAACGUUUUGAGGGAACGAGGCAACAACCAGAUGGCGGUUCAGGCGUACGCCGCCGCCAUCGCUCUGUAUACCCAGGCGCUCACCGUGUGUGACCAAGCACAGUUGCUCCCCCAGCUCUACACCAACCGCGCCAUUGCCUUGAUUGGCCUCAACGCCUUCGCCGAAGCCGUGGGUGACUUGAACCAAGCGGUGCAACACGAUUGGCUGUUUGUCCCCGCGUGGGCGCAGUUAGGCUACUGCCAUCUCUACUUGGGGCUGCUGAUCAUUGCCCUCAAGCUGUACUUGAUGGCGCUCCGCGCCAUCGUCGGCGAACAGCUCCCCGAGCUGCUUGUCGGUGGCGAUGCCGACGUCAUCAUCGCCUACCAGCGGCUGCGCUUCCAUGCGGUGAUGCCGCAGUUUGUCCAGCGCUUAGCUACGGCCAUCUCACUCACUGAACGGCGUGCUCACCAACAGGGCGAGUCGGCAGAUACGGUAAGGGCGAUCGUGCUGGAAGUGCGGGCGAUAUUAAGCCGAUUGCGAGCGGCUACCGACUCUGAGGACGAGCGCCAGCGGUAUUACGCCUACCAGCCGCUGCUACGUUUAGGGCUUCUCAGUGUUAGAGACGGUGCCCGCAGCCGUGCUGACGGCUUCCGUGACCUGGCGCUGCGUGAGCGGGACAUGGCAGAGGUCUCGAACCGGCGCUGGCCCCAGAUUCUAACCCCAGAAGUCCACCAGGACGUCAUGUCCGACCCGCCGCAAGCGGUGCCAUUUGAACGCAUUCGCCGCAACCAGGAGCUGACGACGCAAAUCGCUACCGAGACCGCCACCGCCACCGGCCGUCUGGCUCCAUCGCGAGCAGCACAGGCAGCAGCCCUGGCGGCGGCGCUGGCGGCGGUGCUGGUAUCGGGCCUGGGGUUCUCUCGUGACUCCGAUGAGUUAUCGCUGCCGGAGAUCUCCCGCGAAAACAGUCGUCGCCACCGGUGGCGAAGAACCAGCGGUUCUGCGCGCGAUGGUAACGUUCCGGUUGAUUUGGGCCUCCCCUCAUUGCGGUUGCUGCUGACGCCGUCUACGCAAGUGGACACGGCACUGGUGCUGCGGCCGCCGACGUCGCGUUACGAGUACGUCCCCUACGAGGCAGAUUCCCUUCGCCUGAGCGAUAUCCCUCUGCGGUUGCCGCUGCAGCUGCUGCAGCUGACGCCCUCCACCCAAUUGGACACGGCGCUGGCUCCCAGAGGGUCAAUGACAUCACGAUUGGCGCCGGACUUCGGUAGCGAUGCCCCUCUUGAAUUAGGCACGCGGCGCCCCCUUGGACGCUUUACUGGCAUCGGCUUCACCCCAGCGCCGCCGUUGCGUACUCGUAGUCGUGAUAACGACGUUGGGACAAGGCUCGACUCACUGGGGGAGGCGACGCGAACGCCACCACCACCAGCAGCACUGCGUGACGAUAACGGCGGGCCCCUGGUGCCGGCACCGGCGCCGCUGACGCUGACGCUGACGGCGAUGUCGGCGGAGUUUGUGCCGCACCCCUCGCGGUCGCUGUUGAUUGAAUUGAUGAACGAGUUUGGCGAGCUCGUCGAGGAGCGGGCGCGUUCCCACGAACCGUCAGGGCGGUCGCGAGAUAUCCGGUUUAGUGAGGUGAUUCGCGGGGUGAUGGCGCAGUUCCCGUUCUCACCGACACGUGAAGACCGUCUCCACCUCGGCGAUAGCAGCGACAGUGAAGCCAGCCGGCUGCCCUCUCCCCUAGGCGACUUGGACUAG